UUAUUUAUACUGCCAUCUACGCCUCGAACCUUGCUGAGGAGCGAACUGAUCUAUGGGUGGAACUAAUAAAUCUGCACACUACUCUGAUGUUGGACUCAAAGCCUUGAAUGCUUGGGGGUGACUUCAAUCAAAUUCUUUUCCCCUCUGAGCACUCCUUGAAUUUUGACAACCACAGCCCUUCUCAAAUGUAUGAAUUCAGAGACUGUCUGGUUCAACUAUGGAGAUGUGAUUUUAGUGUUGUUAUUGCAGGUUCACAAACAACCAUGCCAUAUUGUUUACACCGAUUAUCGGCCAACUCCGCUUCAGCACUAUGUCUUUCCUGCCGGAGGGAGUGGCCUUUACUUGGUUGUGGAUGAAAAGGCUAAAUUCCAUGAGGAUAGCUUUCAAAAAUCUCUUAACGCACUUGUUCCUGCUAAUGAUGGUGACAAGAAAAGAGAAAAUGGGAAAUCUCAAAAGGGCUUGAUACUUGGAAAACUUGGUGAAGAAAGUGAUAUCUUCAAAUUGGUGAAAAUGAUUAUUCAGCGCCAGUAUGAUCCCGUGAUUUUGUUCAGUUUCAGCAAAAAGGAAUGCGAGGCACUUGCUAUGCAGAUGUCUAAGAUGGAUUUAAACAGCGACGAUGAGAAAGACUCCGUGGAGACAAUCUUUACUAGUGCCAUCGAUAUGCUUUCAGAUGAUGAUAAGAAGCUACCUCAGGUGUCAAAUAUUUUACCCAUCUUAAAACGUGGUAUCGGCGUUCAUCAUUCGGGCUUGCUUCCAAUUUUGAAAGAAGUAAUUGAGAUAUUAUUUCAAGGUCUGAUUAAGUGUUUGUUUGCAACAGAGACAUUUAGUAUUGGAUUGAACAUGCCAGCAAAGACGGUUGUGUUUACAAAUGUACGCAAGUUUGAUGGAGACAAGUUCCGGUGGCUAUCUAGUGGAGAGUACAUUCAAAUGAGUGGUCGCGCUGGACGUCGAGGUGUUGACAAACGAGGUAUCUGCAUCCUCAUGGUGGAUGAGAAAAUGGAACCCGCUGUUGCUAAAUCAAUGCUCAAAGGAAGUGCUGAUUCUUUGAACAGUGCCUUCCAUUUGAGCUAUAACAUGCUUCUAAAUCAGUUGCGGAGUGAAGAUGGUGAUCCUGAGAAUCUUCUUAGCAAUUCUUUCUUUCAGUUUCAAGCUGACCGUGCUAUCCCGGAUAUCGAGAAGCAAAUAAAAGCCCUGCAAGAAGAGAGAGACUCUAUGGUUAUUGAAGAAGAAGAAAGCUUAAGGAAUUACUAUAACCUGAUUUUGCAGUAUAAGAGCCUGAAGGAGGAUAUACGUGAAAUUGUGUUCUCUCCGAAGUACUGUUUACCCUUUUUGCUGCCGAACAGAGCUGUUUGUCUCGAUUGCCCAAGUGAUAAUGGAGAGCAACAAUCAUUCAGCAUUGAAGACCAGGAUGCGUGGGGAGUGAUAAUGAAAUUCAACAAAGUCAAAAGCUUAUCUGAAGAAAUUCUUACCGUAGAUGUACUGACCAGAUGUUUGGUCAGCAGAGAUGGCGCUGGCAAAAAGAAAAUUAAACCUGUGCCAUUUAAGGAACGUGGUGAGCCCGUUGUCGUCUCUGUACCUUUAUCUCAGGUUAAGAGUUUAAGCAGUGCAAUUAUGAAUAUACCUAAAGACUAUUUACAAUUGGAAGCUCGAGAGAAUGCUCUGAAGAAGGUUUCUGAAUUACUCUCGAGACAUCCUGAUGGAAUACCCCUGGAUCCUGAAGUUGAUAUGAAGAUUCGGAUCAGCUCUUACAAAAAGACAGUUCGUCGGCUGGAGGCUCUUGAAAACCUAUUUGAAAAACACAAAAUUGCAAAAUCUCCUCUGAUAGCGCAGAAGCUGAAAGUUCUACACAUGAAGGAAGAGCUAACAGCCAAGAUCAAAUCACUUGAGAAAACUGUCCGAUCUUCAACAGCAUUGGCGUUUAAAGAUGAACUUAAGGCCAGAAAGCGUGUUUUGCGAAGGCUAGGAUACAUCACAAGCGACAAUGUUGUGGAGUUGAAGGGAAAGGUUGCAUGUGAAAUCAGUAGUGCAGAAGAAUUGACAUUAACGGAGCUAAUGUUCAGUGGUGUCUUCAAGGAAGCAAAGGUGGAGGAGCUGGUUUCUCUCCUCUCUUGCUUUGUGUGGCGAGAGAGGCUCCCUGACGCAGCUAAACCCAGAGAAGAACUCGACUUACUCUUCAUACAGUUACAAGAUACAGACAGGCGUGCUGCUGAAGUUCAGCUAACCCUCUUUUCCCCUACUCAUCCGAGAAGAUUUGGGUCCAUAACUGUCCUUUCUGACAAUGUGGCAGGUCGAUAUCGACGUAGAGAGUUUUGUGCAUUCGUUCAGACCGGAUAUAAUGGUGGCGGUGUAUGCGUGGGCAAAAGGCUCCAAGUUUUACGAGAUCAUGGAGAUUGCUCGUGUUUUCGAAGGGAGCUUGAUCAGAGCGAUAAGGAGAAUGGAGGAAGUUCUACAACAGCUCAUCGUAGCUGCAAAAUCCAUAGGUGAAACACAGCUU